AUGCCAGCCGCGGCCACCAGGGGCCGGCAGAGGCAGCGAAAGCGCCGUGUGGCGGCGGCUGUGGCUCGGCACAAAGGCGCUGGUCUCGGCUGGGGGGGGGGCAGGCGAGGAGGGGGCCUCUCUGCGGCAAAGGCCCGGCUCGCCCCGGCCCCCUCGGCCUCCCCCCCUCAGAACAAACCCGCCCAGGAGGGAGGCCGCUGGCCGGCCAGGCCUCCGCAGGGGAGUGCUGCGCGCAGCGGCCUGCCUGCCUGCCUGGUUGUUGGUCUGGUUCCGGUCGUCUGGCGUAGAAAACUCGGGCACGUUCUCCUCCUUGGCAGCUGCCAGCGGCAGGCAGGCAGGCAGGCAGGACGGCAAACCUCAGCCUUUGGCUCUGGAGCGGGCGGGCGGCUGGCCUCUGAGCAGCUGGUGGCAGGAGACGCCAUUUGCUUCUGGACUGAGAAGAGAGACUCGGAGAGACCGAGUGACCCCCGCGGCGUGCCACCUCCCCCCCCCCCCACCGGGCUCCGGGCUCGACCGCCUGGGCUGGGCGGUCCCUGUCUCGCUGCAGGUCCAGUGGGAGGCGCGGGUCGUUUGCAGUCGCAGAUAAUCCGCCCCAGACCGCCUGCUGGUGCAAAGCCCGCUCUCCCCGCCCGCGCCCAGGAGCAGCCCAGGCUCCCACCGCCGCGGCUGGAAACAAAGGCGAGGAGGCCCCGCGGCCCCGGGCCGUGUCGAGCGGGGCCCUUGAACGUGACGCGCAUCCCUCAUGCCCUCAGAAGGAAGGCAGCCGCUGCCUCGCCACGGGCCUUCGCAGCAACCGUUUCAGCAAAGCACGGAAGUCCCGCGCCCAUUGCGCAGCCCCCCCCCCCCCCGGGCCACGUCUCCGACUCCAAGCGGCUGCGUCCCGGCCCUUCUUCCGGUGAAGGUCGGUUAUUGAUACCACGACUGGAAACAAAUACUGCGACAGUGGAUCGCCUUUACCCGACACGUCGAGGCGACAAAGAAUAGGCAGAACACUGGAGAAGUCCUUCCGCAAACCGCGUGCCUGUUAUUUAAUCCCAGGCCGCGAUUUGACUUUUUCCUUUGUAAAGUAGAAGCUA